AUGGGGACCAGGUUCGCAGCUUAUUCGUUGAAGUUGACCAGUCUUCAUGAUUAUUACCAAAAACUCCUUCAUGGCAAUCAACCAGUACCUUCUGGCCUGGACAUGGCGAACACAGUGAAGUUCUUCUCUCAGACAUUGCUCUCACUCUUGAAGGAAGUCCGCGAAGCUCCUCUGGAGAUGAUCAAAGCGCAAAAGUUCGACGCGGAACGGAUGGCUCUGUAUCCUAAUUUGGACUACAAGCAACUGUACAACGCGUUGACUCAGCUGGUGGACGUGGUUCCGUCUAUUCACAUUGGCCUACAAGCAUUUGGACAAGCACUGCUCCAGUGUCUGGCCUGUCUGCUGCCGUUCCUCGAUCACGAUCUGAUCGACAACGUUCCAUAUUUAACGGCCAGCGCGAUCUCGGUGCUUCCGGUCGAGCUCCACCAGGAUAUCGUCAACUAUCUCUGCUUCUACAUUCUGCCAUUCACGAUCACAAGAAAGACCGAAGAAGGGGUGGAAAACGCAGCCAGUCAAUCGAUAGCCGCGGUGAUCAUGAUGAUCUUCCAAUAUUCCAGCAAUCCAGCUCACCAUUGCCAAUUGCUGGAAUGUCUGAUGGCUCUAAAGCCAGGCGUGGUGAAGGAUAUCCUCUGCGUGGUUGCCUACGGCACGGCGCCAGCUAGAGCGUCCGCCGCGAAAUUGCUCUUCUACUAUUGGCCCUCCUUUAAUCCGAAUCUGUUCGAUCGAAGGGCGGUGUUGAUGAAAUUUGCAAAUGACCUGACGCCAUUCGUGUGCCAGAGGGACUCUUGUCCAAACGCAGGUAACGCUGAGGCUGGCAAGGUCUGCUACGAUCACCGAAUAUCGAUCACAUUCGCCACGGGGACACCACCACCCCUGUAUUUAUGCAUCGAGUGCGCCAAUGAGAUCCACAGGGAGCAUCCGAAUCAGAUGUUCUGCGACAUAUUGCACCCUAUGCAACAGGUGUCCAUGAUAUGUGAAAACAAGAACUGCCGAGCGACCGACAAGCUGGCGAUCAGCGUCUGCUUCUCGACAGAGUGCGCCAGCUACAACGGCAACCAUCCAAUCCGUUACUGCCAGCAGUGCCACAACAUCCGGCACAACAAUCGUCGCGGCGGCGACCACGUGUACCACAUGGCGUUGCCGCAUGUCUCUCAGCUGGACUCGCAGACCCAGACCUACAUGGUCCAAGCAAUCCUCAGGAGUCUCUUUCCUCCGCCGUUACGACAAGAGUUCCUUCUGCGAGAAAUCUGUUUCUUGUUUUCGAACAACUUACAGAGAAUGUCGAUCCCACCCGAGAAAUCCGUUCUCCGUAAGUUUUUGUUUUUUUGGAAAACCUUGGUCACAUCCGGGGGUAUUGCACUCGUUCACUCGAUCACGAUCCAGUGCACAGGAUUCCCAGGAACCGGUGGAGGGGGCGGAGCCGGAGGAGGGGGCGGAGGCGGCGGUGGGGGUGGCCUAUCCGAUCCAUCGACGCUGGAGGAGAGGCAGCUGCUUGGACGAUACGGCGUCUGGCUGCUCGUCGGGCUUUGCACACCGAACCAGGACACCUCCGUCGAAAUUCUCGGGCGUUUAUUGUCAAUGCUAUUUCAUUGGUUUCAUGUUACCGCCUACUCAUUCGAUGGUACUAAAAAAAGCCUUAUGCACCUUCUCUUUUCUGUUGGCCAAGCGGAGAGCGCUCUGGAGAAACUGAAAACCGAGUACGUGUGCAGUUGGCUGGCGGAGGUGAUGAAGACUCACUACGAUAUCUUCAUUUCUUGUCUUCUGCCGCAUCCAGCGGACUAUGUUCGUGUUGGGGGACACUGGGAGACGUUGGCCUCGAGGACGUCGCAUCUGAAAGACGGCUUGAAUCGACUUUUCUGCUUGGUCCCGUACGAGGUGAUCACACCGGAAGUCUGGGACUACGUGAUGCCACAUUGGAUGGAGGCGAUGGUGAACGACGUGCCUGAGCACGAGCUUCACGAAUUGAAAAUGAUCCUAUGCAAAAUACUGGACCGUGACAUGAGCCCGUUGGGGUUCGACACGAAGAAGAUGUACAAUUUCGUGGCGAAACGGUUCGUCAACACCUGCGCGAAGGUGCAGGAACAGGCGUUGAACUGGUUGCAAACUUUGACCAUGUUGGAGAUCAGUAUUCCUUUAUGCCAAUUGUUCUCGAUGUUCAGCGAAGGUGUAGACGUAAUGGGGGCCAUGAACUCCACCGAAUCCGGCCAGAAGCCCAGCAAAGGAUCCAAGAAAGAGGACAAGGAUGGGAACGCCAUAUGUUCAGUUGUAGAAAACGAUUCGGGAAAAUCAACGCCACUGUCGGACGAUUUGGCCCCGACACCGAGACACAUGGAGUUCACCACUAAUGCAGAACUGAACCUGUCCUGUUGCAUCCUAAUGAUGGAUAUACUGCUGAGACAGAUGGAGCUCCAAAACGUGGACAAACACACUGGCAUCAACACGUGGGUGUGCAGGGACGCCUGCCACCUGAUGAAGUCGAUCGUCGCCUCGAGCUGGAACAGCUCGCACGUAUGCAACUCGGACAGCGACGGUGCCGAGUGCACCUACUGCGAAUCACGAGUGAUCUGGCACCAGCUCUGCCUGCAGUUGGUCACCUACAUGGCACCGGAAAAUCCGGCUUACCCGCCUGACAGAAUCGUGGACGAGUCCGCGGAGGAGCAUGGUCGCAAGAGUCCCGAAACCUCGCGAAAAGGUGACUCGAAGGCGGACGUCGUGAUCAGUAUGCCCGUACCGGAAAUGCAUUCUGUUGGCGGUGUUCUGGCGCACAUGCCGCAGAUCAUGACAGCCACUGUAGAGACAGUUUCGGAGCAGCUCGACCUCGCGGCCAUCAUGCCCACGGAGAAGGUGAUGUCCGCGGUCGCGAGAGCCGUCACACUGUCCGAGACGGAUGUAGCAACGGCAACAGUGAGCGUGGCCAAGCCACGAUUAAUAGGGGAGAACGAUCAACCGCUGAAUUUAAGUCCCGAGAACGAGGCUGCCGAUUUUUGGCACACUUCCGUUGGAAAGUUUCGGUUCAAGAUCGAAGAUUUACCAGAGCAACUUCAAUACAUCCACAAACUAUUGAAGGAAAUAAUGACUGUGGAGAAACCGGAUAUUCUCUACUACAUGCUCCAGUGCCUGAACGUGAUGUGCCUCUACGGAGACGCCUUCAACACCGCUGUGAAGGAUCACCAAGGGUUCUUCAUAUGGUGCCAAGAAAAUCUCCUGAUCAAAAACCUAUGGGAGCUCCUGAACGCGGAGUACUCGCACAUAGCUCAAGUCACUGUUCCAUUGUUGCUCCAUUGUGUGACUUUACCGUGUGGAACCGACACAUUCUGGCGGCUGAUCCAAGAAGAGUUUCACAAUUCCGACUGGCGUGUCCGGUUUGUAGCCGUCGAAAGAGUGACAUUAAUGGCGAGAUUCAUGGACUCGACUCCUCUGAGGAACGUGACCAGCCUCCAAGCGGCCCUGGCGAACGCCUUCUGCUACCUGAUCGCCAGCAUGGAUGAUGGGAACGUAUAUGUUGCACAGAGAGCCACAUUGUAUCUCGGUACCAUCCACGACACGGCCAUGAGAUCGUUGAUCCUCUGCUUGGAGACCCAAUUCGAUUCGGUGAUAGUGGAUCGACCGAUGGUGCUGCAAUCGCUCUAUCAGCUUCACAACAGCCUCAGCGACAGGCAUAUUCUGACCUGGGAAUUCUUCUUGAACCGUUUCGACGCUCUGUUCCUCGAGGCUCAGAUCAAUCUGGAACGAUCAGGGGAUAUAUUCUAUCUGCGUGAUCUCAGGAACACCGAUCUGAACAGCGAGAUCUUUAUGAAGAAGCUGCACAGGGCCCAAGAAGCCUUGUCGCAGUCGGACGGAAGCGGGACCAAUUCGAUAAAGACACUUAGCGCUAGUUUUGGCACUAAAUGGCCCUACAAACGCACCAUGUCCGCGCCUGCCUCGAUGAUCCCUAGGCAGGACACGAAGCAAGAAAAGGAAAAGGUGUACAGCCGGCAAUACUCCGCGCCAAUCCUGAAGCGCAAGAGCUCCAGAUUCGGACUGGGUCAGUUGCUGGGGUCCACCCCACCUAAUAACAGUAUACCAGACGGCCACGUUCAUUCGUUGAAUAUGGUCGACGAGGCCAGCGCCCUACCAGGAUGCACCAACAAGAUCGUGGACUUCGAAGAGGCUGAUAAAGAGACGAUGCACCUAUUGGUGUUCCUUCUGAUGCAGUUCCUUUCAAGACAGGAUCAGGCCUAUCCAACCGACGAGAAAUUAUUAUCAAAGACCCAGGGGAUCGUCCUGCGUCACUUGUACCUUCUGUUGGGCUACAACCAAACCGAACGAACUUUCCAUACUUCUCCUCAACGUCUAAGGGUUUCCCCAGUUUUCAACGUGUUCCUCGCCAAUCUGCCCCAGCUACUGGACCAGAAUCACGUGAUGGGAUGGGUGAUGACCCCUCCAGUUCUAGCCAUUUUACAACACUGUCCCUGUCCACCCCAGGGAGUAUUAACCACGGACCAUCAAGCUCCCACCUACAGCCUUUGGUACCUAGAACCGCAAAACAGACGUUCCUGGUUGAUGUCUCUUCUGGUUAUCCUCUAUAAGUGUCAAUAUGGUCAACAACCGUGGUGCAACCAGCUGCAGGUGUUGAUUAAAAUAGUGCUGAAUACCCUGGACAUGCAACAUCAUCAGUGCAAGAGGAUUCCAGCCACUGUGGUGAUGGGCGGUCCGCCAUCCAGAUCUCGUGAUGUAUCACAGCCAUCCCUAGGCGUGGAUCACGACCUAGCAGUAGGCACCAUAGGAGAAUUGAACACAGAAAGCCCUCCAAUAAGGACACCCAUGGUCUCGGUGCAUCAACGCAGUCCAGGAGCUACUCACGGUCAGAUGGAGACCCACUGGGAGGAGAGCACGACGAGUUGUCGUUACACCAACAAGCACUCCAGCUACUCGAUCAAUGCGGAUGAUACGGAGUCCGAGCUGGCGGCAAUACCCGAGAGCCCAAAAUCUGACAGCACCUUACAUGGCAGUAGUGGUGGCUCGCUCGGUGAACUGGAGGAGAGCCCGGCUGCCGUCACUAGAAGCGUAUCCUUGCACGGGCCCAGGACCACGACGACGCUUGACCCAGUCGGGAAAUUGGACUGGAACAGUCAGCACGCUGGCAGAAGGUCAGACUUCACCAGGCCCACUUGGUUCCUGGGGAACGAGGACGACUCUCACCAGCCUGCAAAGUCUGGUCCCCAGAAAAAGUGGAGCGUCCACGAGGGAGUGAAGAUGAUGGUAACGAGCACGUUCUUAGGCGGACAGCCAGAUUUCCAUAAGUACGCGCCUAUGGUGAAGGCUCUGACUGAAAGAGUGCCAGAGAGGACAAUGCCAGAGAAAGGGAUCCUUGAGAAAACAAUCACGGAGAAGCCAGCGUUGGAGAAAGCCGCCCAGGAAAGGAAUAUCACGGUGCAGGUGGCGUUCAACGGGGAGACUGCGUCAUCAAAGCCAUUACCAAUGUCCACAGCUUUUGCUACCAGUACUACCACCUCGCAGGCUCAGAAACACGAGGCGCCUAAGGAAAAGCCAUCCAGUAAUUCGGACUCGCCUACCUCGAAGCACCUAAGUCGCCAGAAGCGUAUAGAGCAAACAGUGACGAUAGCCUCACCAGUGUCCCCUGGUCAAGUGGUCACAGUUACGAGUAGCGAUCAAUCGAGUUCGCCAGCUGUUAGCUCGAUCUCCUCUCAGAUUACCAGCACCGAAAACGGUCAGCUACCCGGCUGGAACGACGUUCCUCAUCCUUUGACGACACCCACGGUCGAACGUCUGCUGCCUAUAGGGACGACCAGUCGGCCAUCAGGUCCUAGACCAACGCAACGUGUUCUCCGUUGCGAAGACACCUACGGAUCACCUGAGUCCCCCUUGUCGAAGAUGGACGUGUUGACAGUCAGUUCGUCGUUCGAUCAGAACAGCGAGACGUGUACCAGCGCGAGCGAUAUCGCGAGCCCUGGAAGCAUUUCACAGCUCGAGCUACCGAAACCCGAACGAUUGCUACCGGUUGGAUCCCAGGGAAUGUGUGACUUUGGUGGCUUGGUCAAGCACGUUCGACAGGCGCUUAAUCUCCAUGAAAUCGAUGAUUCGAACGAUUUGGACAAUAGUAAUGGCCAUCGAGGGAAAGAUCCUGGACCUGGGCCAGUCAAGCAAGACAGUACAACGUCUGAGAAUGCGUCGGUGUCCUUGGCGCCAUUAUCAAACGAGGUACAUACAAGCAGAUCCACUAGUCCAAGAAGACUGACCAAGCAAGUAGCCCUGGAAUCACCGUCCACGGUGAUAGAGCUCCUGGACCAUGACCGUAAGGCGAAGAUAAGGGACCACGUUCGAAUUCAACGUGACAAUCCUGGAAGAGGGAUCCUGACACAGGAUGGACACCUGUCCAGACACGCUGAGCCCUGGUCCAGUAGCCAAUUACAGGCCAGCUUCGACGUUACCUCCCAGCAGGCCUACCGCGCUGACUUGAGCAUGAAGCAGAGCCUGUUUCGUAUUGGAGACGAUUGCAUCUACGAGAGGUGUUCAGAAUGUGGAACACUAAAAGAGGAGUACUCUGACGAGGAGCUUGGCCUAUGCAUCAUCAACCUGGGCACAUUCAUUCAUCGUGAACCGUCCCUGGCUGCACCCCUCUUGCCAGAGAUCCUGAGGGUUGUGACAAAGGUAGCCUUAAACGCGAUGUACCCCUGGCAAAGCGAGACCAACAUGCACCUCCCAGGUGGCGCGAUCAGCGUGGCGCAUCAGUUCCUUCGUUGCGUUCUUCAUCAGCUGGCACCCAACGGUGUAUUCGUGCAGAUGUUCCAGACCCACUUGAAUGAAUCCACGAGAAUGCAGUUCUUCAAGAGCGUCGCGCAGGCCUUGGUCGAUUUCAAUGAACUCAAUCCCAUUGCACCUCUGCAACUGUUGCUAGAGACCUUGAACGUGAAGAAAUCGUUACCUACGGAACGUCUGCCGGUGAUUCUCUACAACAUAGCCUGCUACCUGGACUGUCUGCCAUUGGAGGCAGGUCUAGGUCCCGGUGCAACGACCUGGAGCGGCCUGCUGGCGCAAUUCGACAAUCUAUUUCGACGUCUGGUGCUGAUGCUGUCCUCCAUCGAAGACACCACGCCGUUAUUAAGAAUUAUGAUCUCUUUAUUGAAGGUUCCGGGGAUCCAACAAUCGAAGGGCAUGCUGGACCCGUUCGCCAAAAUACUGAGCUACGCCAUACAAAACUCCACGUUGAAAUACAGUUACCUGACGGAUCUGUGCUACCUUUGCCACAGAGGCUUCACACGGGACAGGGACAAACACUUUUUCGGCAGGACCAUAGUGUUCGAGUUGAUCCAGGCCAUCAAAUUCAAGAUCACCAUACCAGACUCGAAUUUUCUCUUGCUUCUGCACUUCGUGCUUCAGGAUAUCGGGGGUUCUCUGCCCAACACAAUCGCCCUGGAGAAUAUCCAGACCGAUGUGUCGCCGAUCUACAACACGAACGCCUCGGAGUCCUUGAAAAGCCAGUUGACAGACGUGCUGGACUUCUUGGCCGACUUCCAUACCCUGAGCAAAGUGAAGAGCUACAGCAAGGGGAUGCAAGCAGGCUUGAACGAAGACACGCUGGGAGGGAUAUUAAAAUGCGGCCUGGCCCAGUACGUGGCGUUGGAGAUCACCCGAGGAAAUAAUAGAGAGAACAGGGCAGUAAUUCGGUACCUACCAUGGCUUAACAGCGCUCCUUCUGUACUACAACAAGGAGCCCGCGAGUACGUCGACUGCAUAGGACACAUCAGACUGCUGUCCUGGCUCCUAUUGGGCUCCCUAACGCACACAGCCAUGUUCUCUGGUAAUAAUAACGCCCACAACCAUGGACCAUCGAUUCCUACUGCGCAACCGAUACCGCAAGAGACUUCCUGCCACGUAGCAGACCACGUGCAAGCGAUAUUCUCAGGGUUCCCUGAACAAUCCAAGGAAUCCAAAGCGUCGGUGCUACAUAUGUCCUCUUUGUUCCAUGCCUUCAUUCUUUGCCAGUUGUGGACCAUGUACCUGGAAGAGCUAUCGAAGAACAAUCCAUCGAACAGCGAGGGUCAUAAUGUCACCAUGAACAUACUAUUAGAGUUCUGGGGUAAAAUAACGCCCUGUAUAUUGCAGCUGGUUGACUAUAAUAGAGUCCUGGCCGAAAUGGUGAAUCUACAUUUCUUAAGUCUACUGGAGGCCCUCCUCGAGUGCGGGUCCAUCUUGCUCAGCAAGCUACUGCCACUUUGGAGCCCCAUUCUACAUUCCCAUCACGUUCAGCUACCAGGUCACCUGCAGGUGCGUCUCCAGAACUGCAGGGAUUUCCCGCCAAACAAGAUGGCGGAGCACUUCACCUCGUCGAGACGAGAAUCGAACGCGACACUUUUACGAUGGUUGCACCGACUGCAGUUCAAAAUGGGCCAAAUAGAAAUGCAGUCGUCAACGGCUACAUUGCAGUUUUACUCGAUUUAGGACAUAAUUUUCGUUUAGUCGAUCAGAGUGUGUUUUUAUAUAGAAUACCACAGAAGAUGUUGAA